AUGUCAAACGAAACAAAACUAGUGAAUUUAACAAAAGACUCAAUAGACAGGCAGUUCUGGGACUAUUUCGAGAGUGAUGCGCCUUAUAACACAUCGCUGGCCGUACAGACGGACGGGGCUUGUGUGGUGACGGUGUAUUUUGUGCUACUGUUCGGUGGAGCGGCGGGGAAUAUUGCUGUGCUGACGACGCUGGCGCGGUCGCGACGCCGCUCGCGCGUCAGCUUGCUCAUGACGCAUCUCGCUAUUGCUGAUGUGUGCGUCGUGUGCGGCGUCAUUCCACUCGAGAUCGGCUGGAAGUAUACAAACGCGUGGCUGGCGGGCAACUUCUGCUGCAAAUUGUUCCUGGUUCUGCGCGCGUUCGGCCUUUACCUGUCCUCUAACGUGCUUGUCUGUAUCUCCGUUGAUAGGUUCUUCGCAGUCCUAUAUCCGUUGCGACUCCCGGCAGCUCGCAGAAGGAGCAAGCAGAUGCUCUACUGUGCGUGGGCCAUGGCUCUCGCUUGCAGCUUGCCUCAGAGCGUAGUAUUCAGCGUGCAACAACACCCGGUAGUCCCAGGGUUUUCCCAGUGCGUCUCAUUCGAGGCGUUCAGUUCUCCGUACCAGGAGGUAGCAUAUAACGUGUUCUGCCUCUGCGCUAUGUACUUCCUGCCACUGGCUGUCAUCACCGCCUGCUACGUUCGCAUCUUCGCUGAGAUACACCACAGCAGCAAGGAGAUCGAAGGCAGUCGCCGCGCAGGCGAGCCUGUGCGCCUGCGCCGCUCCGACCGGCGCGUACUGCAGCGCGCAAGGAGACGCACGCUGAGGAUGACCGUCACUAUAGUCAGCGUGUUCGCACUGUGCUGGCUGCCUUACGCUACCAUGUGUAUGUGGUGGAUGGUAGACCGGGACUCAGCCCGGCGGAUCCCGAGCCGCGUUCAAGGUCUCCUGUUCGCCAUGGCCGUCUCCAACUCCUGUAUGAACCCCCUGGUCUACGGCUCCUACCGUGUUAACUUCAGGAGUAUGGCCCGGAGGUUCUGCAAGAGAUGCUGUGUGGCUACCAGUUCUUCUGACACUAUACUAGGCAACUCCGCUGCCUCAAGUUCGAUGAAGAGGAACGUUAAUCUCGAGUCGCCACUUGUUAUAAAGAACGGACGCCAAACGCGCGUGCGUUUCGCGGAGACGGCACUGUACGCGUCACCGCCGCGCGCGUCAGCCUGACGCCCGCCGCCGCGCCUCACCUGCGCGGCCCACGAGCGAAGCCGCGUGCUAUCGCAGUAUAACAGGGAUAAGACUACUAUUGUACAGAUAUAAACUAUGUAACAUGUUGGUCAUAUGUAAAUACUUACACAGGAAUAGAACGGGCGUAAAAAGAGUGCGUUGUCAAGACAAUGCUGUAAGUACAACUGAACUGAUUCUUAAUUCACUAUAGAACGAUUUCACAAUAAGUAUGUGGUAAGGCUGUGGACAGUACGGAACCGGUGCGAGGCAACCAAGGUCAUUGAAUACGUUGCCUUCGAGCAAAAGUACAAAAUAAUUUGAUUUGGCACUCGUCGCCCGCGGCUUGAGUCCAGUCCGCAGCCUUAUACUUAAUUUUAGUAAUUAAAAUCAAUGUGUCACAUGCGUUUUUAUGACUGUGUAUACAAAUAACAUGCUAAUUUAUCACUAAAAGCGUUAAAUGUUUCCGAACAUUGUUCAUAUUCGCAAUUAGUUUUCCAUUUUUAUUAUAGCUUUAAAUAAUCAAUUUAUGAAGCAUACAUUUUUCGAAAAUUGAUAGUUAUGUUUAUUCAAUAUUGUCAAUUGCAAACUUCAUGACAAAAUAUUAGGCCUGAUUUAGACGGUGUGCGAACUCGCAUGCGAUUUUAGUUACAUUGCGGGCUGUUGAGGGUAUACAUAUACAAUUUUGCACAGUCAUCAAAUACCGCAACGUAAUAAAACUAUAUACAGUUCUCGUAACGUCUAAAUGGGCCCUUAACGGAGAUUAUGUUUAAAGUGCUUAAAUAUUUUAUAUUUUGAAAUGUAAUAUUAUAUACAUAUUAAAACUACCUAUACUUGAGAUGUGUCGUGUACCUACAUAUAUUUAAUA